AUGGCUCGAUGCAGCCUCAAAAAGAGGCAUGUGUUCGCGGGGUUAAUGUCCAUGUCUUGGUGGGCCGAUUGUAAUACCCAAGAGCUGGACAUGCCGUGCACCAGUCUGCAGUGUCCCACUGGAUACUUGCAACGAUGGGAUGCAGACAGCACAUUCUGUGCUGGGGCAUGUUGGCGCAUCGUCGCAUCUUCACCUGUUGGUGAAGCCUGGGAUCUGUUGGCUUUGCGUUUCUACCUCGCCGAGAAUUGCUCCGCGGACUCCUUGAUAGAGGCCGUGCCAAGCAGCAGGCGAGGUGGUGCCAAUGGGGCAGCCUUUUCGCAUCAUAGAGGGCGCGGAGCUGUUGCAGCGGACCUAUUUCACGAACCUGUGCAGUUCCCCUCUUCGGUGCCACAACUUCAAAGCGUGAGGUGGUCAUCGGGAGCUCCCUGCACAGCUGGGGAGUGCUUUGUGGGAUUCUCAUGGGAGUCGGAUGGCACCAGGACCCCCGUGGGGAACUGCAGGCAGACGCGCGGUUGCCCAACGGUUGGCUUUGUCCGGCAGGCCGGUGCUUUCCGCGUGGCCUGCGCAGAAGUCGAGCAAAGUCAAGACUCCGGCUUCUUCGCGGAAAGCCUUCGGCUACAGAUGCUAGACGUGGAUGGAAGGGACUCCAACUCCUCGGAAGCGGGUCUAUGGCGAACAGCUGCGGAGGCAAGGAACUUGGUUGGUGGGCUGGCGACGCUGCGGCAGAGUGCCGUGUAA